AUGCAAACCAGAGCCAAGAAGGGAAGACGUGGGCGCUCCGCCGCUCCUCCCGCAGCGGAGGAAAUCACUGAGGUGGAGGAGAGCCAACAAGGGGAUAAAGUGAUGGAUGCCGCGAUGACGUCCAUCAUGGAUGAACAGCCAAAGGAGAUGCUCGAUGCGUCGAACUCCUCCGGCUUUCGGGUGGUUCAGAUACUCGAGAACUACGGCAUCGCCGGAUCGGAUAUCAAAAAGCUGAUGGAGCACGGUUUCUACACCGUCGAGUCCGUCGCCUACGCGCCGAAGAAGAACAUCCUCGCGGUGAAAGGCAUCAGCGAAGGGAAGGCGGAGAAGAUCAUGGCGGAGUGCGCGAAGCUCGUUCCGAUGGGCUUCACCUCCGCCGUCGCUUACCAUGAGGCGAGGAAGGAAAUCGUGAUGGUGACGACGGGAAGCCGUGAGGUGGAUAAACUCCUCGGCGGGGGCGUCGAAACGGGGAGUAUCACGGAGCUCUUUGGCGAGUUCCGCACCGGGAAGUCGCAGCUCUGCCACACCCUCUGCGUGACCUGUCAGCUGCCUAUUUCGCAGGGUGGGGCGGAGGGGAUGGCGCUUUACAUCGAUACGGAGGGGACCUUUCGCCCGGAGCGGCUCGUGGCCGUCGCCGAACGGUAUAAACUCGAUCCACAAGACGUCCUCGCGAACGUCGCCUGCGCCCGCGCGUUUAACACGGAUCACCAGCAGCAGCUUCUCCUGCAGGCCUCCGCGAUGAUGGCGGAGAAUCGCUUCGCGUUGAUCAUCGUGGACUCCGCCACGGCGCUGUAUCGGACGGAUUACAGCGGGCGAAACGAGCUCGCCGCGCGACAGAUGCACCUCGGCAAAUUUCUCCGUUCCCUUCACAACCUCGCGGAGGAAUAUGGGGUGGCGGUGGUAGUAACGAAUCAGGUCGUGGCGAAUGUCGACGGCUCGGCGCAGAUGUAUCAGGCGGAUUCGAAGAAACCGAUUGGGGGGCAUAUCAUGGCGCACGCCUCGACGACGCGGCUGAGCUUGCGAAAAGGCCGUGGCGAGCAGCGGAUUAUGAAGGUGUACGACUCUCCAUGCCUCGCCGAGGCGGAGGCGAUUUUUGGCAUCUACGAGGACGGUGUUGGGGAUGCGCGGGAUUGA